AUGUCUGUGCAGAGCAGUAGACGGGUCUUUGGUUUGGUUAUUGGAUCAUUAUCGAUGCUUUUAUUGUUCCAAGGAAUUGCUUGUGAAGCAGACUAUACUCAAGCACUUGCCAAGUCAUUGUUGUAUUAUGAGGGUCAACGCUCAGGGAAGUUGCCCCCUAUUGGCAAACUCCAGAGAGUGGCGUGGCGAGGAGAUUCCGGACUAGAAGACGGCAGUGAUGCUGGAAUUGAUUUGGUGGGAGGCUACUACGAUGCCGGAGACAAUCUCAAGUUGGGAUUUCCAAUGGCCUUCUCAGUAACAAUGCUGUCAUGGAGCACGAUCGAAUUCCAAAGCAAGCUCAAGGCCAAAUAUGAGAUCGCUAAUGCUCUUCGGGCUAUCAAGUGGGGAACAGAUUACUUGAUAAAAGCACAUCCACAGCCCGAAGUGCUUUAUGGGCAUAUUGGGGGUGUUGAUUCAGACCAUCAAUGUUGGCAGAGACCAGAGGACAUGACCACCCCGAGGACCGUGUUCAUGAUUGAUGACCAACACCCGGGAUCUGAUCUCGCCGCUGAAACUGCUGCUGCUUUGGCUGCUGCCUCAAUUGCUUUUGAACGUUUUGAUAGAAGUUACUCAUACCAACUCGUAAUUCAUGCAAAGCAGCUAUUUGAUUUUGCACGCAAUCAUCCUGGUAAGUAUCAAAACAGCAUCCCUGAGGCAGGAAAAGUCUACGCCAGUAGUGGGUAUCAGGACGAGAUGCUGUGGGCAGCGGCAUGGCUCCAUCGUGCUACUAAUGAACAGAAGUACCUCAACUUCCUAAGCGAAGCGGGAGAUAUAGGUGGAACAAGAACAACAUUCUCAUGGGAUGACAAAUUCGUCGGCGCACAGGUUUUGGCAGCACUGCUUGUAAUGAAGGGAAAGGUUGAUUCUUCAGGAAAAUGGGGGGAGUAUAAGCGCCAUGCAGAGGAAUUCAUAUGUUCAUGCGUUCAGAAAGGAAACAACAACGUGAAGAAGACACCCGGAGGCUUGCUUUGGUUUCUGCCAUGGAAUAACAAUCAAUACGUUGCCACUGCUACAUUUGUCACCACUGUUUAUUCCGUUUAUUUGGACGCAAAAAAGGCCUCCAUCAACUGUCCUGGUGGCGCUGCUCACCCCUCUGAUCUCAUUGCAUCUGCCAAGUCACAGGUUGAUUACAUCUUGGGCUCAAACCCGAAAAACAUGAGCUAUAUGGUUGGAUAUGGAUCGAAUUAUCCGAAGCAAAUUCAUCACAGAGGAGCAUCAAUCGUCUCAAUCAAGAAGGAUCCAGCUCCUGUAACAUGCCAAGGUGGGUUUGACUGGUUUCACAGACCCGAGCCCAACCCGAACGUGCUGGAGGGAGCAAUUGUGACCCCAGAUGAAAAUGAUGGUUUUGCGGACGACAGGAACAACUUUCAGUUAGCUGAACCAACGACCGUUACUAAUGCUCCACUAGUUGGUGUCUUAGCUCACCUUGCUCAACUCCUAUGA